AUGUUAGGUCUAGUGUCACAUGUUAACUUGAUGGAUGCUCUCAUCCAUCCACGUCGACAUAAUAGCAUUAACCUAUCACCUUUCAGUCGACCUAAUAGUUCCCUCAUUGAUUCUUUGGAGUCGGACACAAUUAUUGAGGACACUCCAGAUUCUCCCAUUGAAUGCAUUGACUACUCCUCCCAACCACCUGAUAUUGGCCGGACAAUAGAAAUAAAUCUUGACGGUUCGGAAACUUCUCCCAGUGAUUCACAGAAACUGAACAAACGUGUGGUUUGUUUUUCUUACCAAAAUUCUGAUUCUGACCCAGAUGAUUAUCCUUUUCAUGCCGUAACUUAUGGUGAAUCGGAAAGCUGCUGGGGUCUUCCAUAUAACGAUCAUAACUAUGCGUCUUGUGAACCAAAUCCAAAACUUGGAUCUGAAUCUGAUGACCGCUUGUCUCUUCUAGCGAAACUAGCACUAGCCAAGGAUGAUAGCCCCAAUAGUCUGGGAGGAAAUGUUAAUGCUCUUCAUUCAGAUUCACAGACUAGCUGGGUUAGUGGAGAAAAUACAAUGUCUGUGCCAGUUAGCAAAACUGUGGGUUUGAUUGAAGUAAACCCUAUUUUAUCGCCUACCAAGCGCUCUGAAGUUCAACCGGUCCCUAGUAAUGGCCAGUUACUAGUUACUACAGCUAGCUAUGUUUCAUCUGUGGGAAGCCGUACCAUUUUAUUUUCAACUAGUGGAAACAUAAAUCCUCCUUUGCAAAUUCAUCGGGUUACUUCUUCUCUCACUCCACAUGUUGUAUUGCGCACUGGUGCACCUGCACUUCAAAUUGCUACCGCUGCUCCACGUCAACUAUCCACUGAUGCUGGUGAUUCUGUCAGGUGUAUUUGUGGAAACCCAAACGUAGGCGGUUAUCUCAUCCAAUGUAAUCACUGCAGAAUAUGGCACCACAGUGAAUGUAUCCCAUCUGUUAACAAAGGACAUUUGUCGAAUCCAUAUGUUUGCGAAACGUGCCAGUCACACCCAAAACCUGCCACACUUCCGCGUCCUAAAGUGGCGUCGUAUGGCAGUGUUGUAUCAACCUCAAAUUCUAGCAUUCGGAUAUCCCGCACAUCACUUACUACAAAUACUUCGCAAGGACGCAUAUACGUCUCGACCCCUUUUGGAGGCACGGCAUCUCGACAGGUUCACGUAUGUCUUCCAACCAAUCAAGGAAUAUCUAGUAUACAGUGUGGUGAUUUCAGCGUUAUUUCCAAUUGCUCUAGUGUAGAUAGCCCUUUUACUGCAGUUCGUCCUCCAAGCUACACACCAUGCGCGCAACCUGUUCGAAGUUCCAAACGAAAACAAGAUCUACUCACACUUACUGGGGGAUCGUCUGCAAAUGUGGGUCUAGAAGGGUUUACAAGUUCACCACCAGUUUCAGAUGAUUAUGAUGAUCUUCCUAGUGUCAAAACAUCCUAUGCUGUGGAUUCCAGAAGCUGCUUCACGGAAAAUUCAGAAUCUGUUUGCCAAACACAAGUUGAUCAUCCAUCUUCUGGGCAGGAUAGUAAAUUACAGCUUCGUCAUAGUAGUGUUGUUCACCGUUUGAUUUCAGACUGUCCCAAUAAUAAAGUGCACAGCACAUUUGCUCAGAUAGGUGACUCACGUAAUACAACUUCUUUGUGUUCAACACCGGAUUCUUUGAUUUCUCCAACGUCGGAUAUAUACGAAGAAGCCUCUAGUUUACAUCUUUCAGAUCGUCUUUGUAAGAAGCUAGAUUUGAUGUUUCCUUUCUUCGCCGGUAUGGCAGCAGAUUUUGGCGAUGUAGAUGGUAUUUCAAAUGAAGAAAUUCCUUCUAAUUUGGAAAGCUUAUUUCGUUAUCAAGUUGUCAGUUUUGAUUUUAACCGCAGGGGACUCAUAGCAAGUGAAGAUAUACAUCCUCGUACGCCAAUCAUUGAAUAUCGUGGCAAAUGUUUACUGUUAAGUGAAUACAGUGACAUGUAUGACUAUCGUAAACACUAUAAUCCAUUUGUCCUGUUUUACAAAUCGCUGCCCAAAUUGCCUCUGUGUGUUGAUGCCCGCAAAUAUGGCAAUGAAGCGCGGUUUAUCCGUCGAUCGUGUACACCAAAUUCUGAGGUUCGCCAUUGCAUUUCAUUCCCAAAUGGUCCACACGGGUCACCUGUUCCACAUCUUCGCCUUGUUGUCGUUGCUUCACGACUUAUACCGAAGUCAUCUGAAAUAACAUUACCAUUCGAUUUUGACUACACUGCCUGCCGAUAUGUUGUUAAGUGUGCAUGCGUUCUUAAAGGCUGUCCAGUUACUCGUUGGUUUCAAAGAAUGAAUCAGUUAAGCAAUCCUGCAAGAAGCCCAACUCGUCAUUCUUUGGUAUGUACUCGUAAAUUACCACAUCCUCCUCGAACUUAUGGGAUUGGUGAUCACCAUAGUCUGUCACAAAACCCUCAGUUGAAUUACGGCGAAAAACGGCACGCUGAUGAGAAAUCAAAGUUAUAUUCGAAGUCACCUGCAGUGGUCAAUAGAAGAAACAACAUUGGUCGGACAGGUCGUCAUCCUUCAAACUAUAUUUCAAAUGGGGAUUUUGAAGCAAGCCAAUCUUCUUCACUUCACACUGCUCGUGGUUAUGUAAAGAAAACUGUCACUUCAAGCGGCGUUCGUAAAUCUGUACCUCGAAGAGGGCGAGGACGUGGUAGAUUAAAAAGUUCUACUUCUAUGGGAUUACGCAGUAAACAUGUAGGCGAACGACUGUCAUCUAGAAUAGUCGGUCGUGGUAGACCUGCUUUGAAAAAAUCCUUGACAACCACCAGGAAACGUCCUCAGAUCUCCACUAAUCUGCAUAAGAACCAGUUCACACCUCAUGACAGAUACACAAAGAUACGAAGAAGAGUAGAUAUAAGUAAUGAUUCUUACAGCCAGAGUAACAGCUCAUCUGAAACAGAGUGUGCAGAUACAAUAGAAUCACCUUUGCUUCAUGAAACGAGUGACCUACACCCGGAAUCACCAAAAGAAACAGACCAACUGGAAGUUCCAGAUAACAAAGAAUUUGGAUCCAUAUCACCUCAUACGUUGACUGAAGAGGAUAUAGAUGCUGACACUGAGCCAGAGUAUGAUACUAGAACAUCCGAAAAUUGCAUGGAUGAAUCAGAAUAUCAGAAAUAUACCAUGACUACCGCCCACCAAGAGAUUCAUAGUCCCAAGAUAACGAAAGAGGCAGUGUGUACCACAAAUGACUCUCCCAAAUCGCCUGGUGUAGAACCCACAAAAGAAGAAGUCUAUGGAGAUUCUUCCUCUAAACACAAAUCUACUGACUCCCCAUCACUCUUCGUUCAAGGGAAACGCCGAUCACAUGGUGACAGCUCUAGUAAGCAUAAAGCCCUGUCGCGUAAGAAAAAGACAUCUCAUGAAGAAAAUGAAAUGAAAUCAAAGGAGGAUGUAUGGAUGGCAGAGGUAUUGCGUCGUAUUGAGCGGAUGGAAAAGAAACGAUUAAAACAACGUAUGCCAUCUGGUAAUCUGAAAGGUGAUCAAGAUGUUGAAUAUACCAAAAGUGAAUCAGAAUCACUGUCUCCUGAGAAACCUGAAAGUUCUUCAAUAUCAGAUAACAGUAAUAAUAAUAACAUAAGUAACAGUGAUACAAUAAGUGAAGAAAUUAAAGAAUCCUUCGAUGCUUCUAAGAUUGAACAAAAGUUUGAAAUAAAUGGAUCGACUGAGGAUUGCAUCGGUGUAACGGGGAAUGAGGAACAGACUGAGCAUUUCGCUCAGUCAACUGAUAUUUUCGAAAAGUUUGAAUUAUCUAGCUAUCAAUCUGAUCUUCAACAAUCUGCAGCAUUACAAGAGACCAAAGAGGAAGAAGAUGUGUACCCAUCUGUAGAUAGAACAAGUAUUCUAGAGAAAAGCAGUACAGACCAUCGGACAAAGUACUUCAUUCAACCUGCUGUAUCCCAAAGUAAGCGACGAAAUCGACCUGGUGACUAUGAACGCAAUUCUUCGUCAACAAGACGUAGACGUCGGCGUUCCCAAGCAGCUAUGCUUUCUGACAGUUUAUCAUCUACCAUUGAUCAAGGUGGUUCACGUGAAGAUCGUUGGCUACAAAUGCAACUUCGACGUAUCGCUGAGUUAGAAGAUAAUCAUGAAGAGACUUCUCAACACACUUCAUCAGAUUUGGAGAAUAAUGAGAGAAAUCAUUCGGUAUCAGAUACGCCUAUUGGAGAUGGAUCGAAUGUUAGAGUCUCACUAUUUGAAGCUUUAUGUGUUAGGAGUGAGUCGUCUGAAAAUGAACAAAAAAAUGGUGGAAAUUCUAGCCUCAACAAGACAUCUGUUAAUAUUGAUACCGAAUGUUCGAAUCAGGUUAGUAACAACCAGCAUGUCCUUGAUUCUGAGGCUGACUGCGGUUUCAUAGUUUAUCGAACUCGAGAAAAGGAUCCAAUGGCCAAGUUUAGUAGAACUCGUUCAGUUGAAAUGGAUUCCUUGUUCACAAAAAUUCAUGAUGAAAUUUCAAACAAUGACGUGAUUGAUACAAAACAAGACUGCUACACUGUUGAUGAUAUCUCGGUAUCCUGUUUGACGCAACGUAUGUUACAUCAGCCUCCCAGACCUACAAAGAAACGUUGGUUAUCUCGGGCGCUUAUGGAGGAAGAUGUAGAACUGGCUAACCAUCGAAUGUUAAACUCUUCUCAUCCGAUGAACAGUUCAUCAUCCAAUGUCAAGGUGGAUUCUUCAUCAAGUAUACAAAGUACAUGCGUAACACCUGUAAACCCUAAAAAGAGAAUGAUUUCUCGACUUUCAGAGAUUUCUGAAGACGCCUCUAAUUGCCUUCAUCAUGAAGUUGAUGAAAAUCCUCAACAUUUAGAAUCUCAAUAUUCACCAGAUCAUAUAAUUAAAGAAUCAGAGGAUAAUCUGGGGACUCGUAAUGAAGACUCUGUAGGUGUUUCUCAGUUACCAGAAGAUGAUGAAUCUACUGAAGCGUCGUCGUCAUCUCAUUCUGCUCCGCUUCCGCCGAAGAAAGCGACAGUAAAGCAACAAACUGAAGAGUCGCAAUUGCAAGAAAUGCCUAAAGUUCGUGUUUCACUCACAGAAUACCGCCGCCGACGCGGUUUGCCCGUUACACCUGUUUCACCUGCUGCGGAACGGAACAACAAAGAGUUGAAAGAAUCAUUGAAACAAUCAAGUCCAAACAUUGAUAACUUGGAAAUAACAAUCCCACCACCAUUGCUCAGCCCUAGUCGACUGCUUAUUGAGUUGCCGCAUCUUCACAAUGAAUCCAAACCAUCCAUAGAUGCAAAUAUUCCUGACAAAUUACUGCAAAAUAUAAAGUCACUGAGUACCAAAUCUGAAGUUAUUCAUGAUUACAGUGACUCCAAAAUCUCUUAUUCACACACGGAGAAAACAUCGGAAGUCGAUAACAAACGGGAUUUUAUCGGUUCAAAGAUAAAUGAGCGUGGACCUCGUACCCCAAGCGAACCGCCAGAUGAUGAUGACGAAGAAGAUACUGAAGGCGUAGAUUCUGUUAACUUCAUCAGUAAAGGAGCUUUGAGUAGUUCACCUGAACCAUAUGUAAAGUUUCCCGGUAAAGUACUUUCAACUCAGAGUUCACCGAAAUCUGUUCUUUCAGACUCCCAUGUUGAAAGACAAAAGCCAGCUUUCACAGUUAGUUCACAACCGGAUAUGAACCCAAACAAUAUUUCUAAAUCUCGUUAUCCAAAUAAUAUGUUCGGUCCUUCAGAAUUCCUUGAAUGUGAAAACUUUUUGCAUGACGUAUAUCGUAUAAAAGAAUUUGACCAUGGUCGUUCUGGCUCUGAAAAUUUAAGACGUGGUUAUCAAAAUACAUCUCAUUAUUCUUUAGUGUCUACUAGACCAUCGCAUUUUGAUAGAAUGAAUUAUUACGAAAAGAAAGUUAACUUUGAAGAAUUUAAACAUCGCAAUUUAGUAGUUUCGCCUGGAAGCGUGCCCCCACCACCACCACCUCCUAUGCCUUCAUUUUCUGGAUAUCCUAUUUCUUCGAAUAGUCCGAUUGCUCCGUAUUAUAAUGCUGAUAAAAAUAUUGGAGAUAACCUAGCCCCUGUACCUGGAUCACUAGAAUACUUCAUACAAAGAGAUAAUGAGAUACGUGUAUGGCAGGAGAGUCGGUCAUAUGCCCGAGAAAGGCAUAGCUCUGCUCCUUGGCAUCAUCGAGUUUCUGGCAAUCGUGUAUCUAGUACUCGGAAGUAUUCUUGUACAAUAUCUAAGCAUCCUUCGAAAAACUCAAAAGACAAUGAAAGUCUUUCGUAUCAUCCUGAUGUAGUCACGGGUCAUUUUGACUCAGUGGAGCAAACUCUUUUACGAAUUCGUGAUAGUCUUCAAGCUCAGCUGAAUCUAACUAAAGUGGGUUGUGUCUCACGAAGGACAAGAUCAACUAAUGAUCCGUCAUCAGCUAACAACAAUGGAGCUGUGUGUUGAUUUUCUUUAUAAAAAUGGGUGAUCUGUUAAAUUUGUUUUCUUUUAUGGUAUAUACUACUGAUUUGAUUUCAAUAAGAUUGAGCGUGUUGCUCGCAACACAUUUUCUGACAUCAGACUCGUUUAUUUUCAACAAUUUGUCUCCUAGAUCCGCACUCAUCAUAUUCCAUUCAUUAUUUGAUUAUCUAACAGUUCUUCAUUGGCCAAUUUGGGCUCGUUUAGCAUUUCUGUACAGAUUUUUUCUUUCUUUCAUCAUUGCCUUCAGUUUACCAGUUAACCAUCCGUUCACAUCUUUCAAUUUUUUGUCCUUGAUAACAUUAUUUUAAUUUUUGUAAAUAAAUUAGUUUGUGAGUAUUUUAUCUGUCAUAUCAAGGCUUCCAAAGAGACUUACUUCAUCAGUGACAUAAAAUGUCUGUAUUAUGCGUUUGUCUGUUACAUAUUUUGUACCAGCGCUUACCUCAUCUCUCAUAUCUCUGAUGCUUUAACUAGUGAUUGCCGGUCUGUCAAAUGUACAGUAAUAUUCAGCAACCGAAAUGGUUUUACCGGAUUAAUGUCCUGUGGAUACCUUUUAUUUGUUUAUUUAUUUAUUUAUUGUACAAAGAAUUAUUUUGACAGAUUAUUUAUAAUGUACCAAGCAUAGAUACUUACAUUUAAUGUAAAUUCCUAUCAAUAAUCGGUCUGUGCUGCUGCUAUUGCUGCUGUGUCUAAUGCUUUUAUGAAUCAUUAAUCCUACCUUCAUUAUUGCUUAUUUUGCUUUCCUUUUUCAUGCAUUUCUAACUGGAUACCGUUUAAUUCGAAUUUGUUAAUCCCGGUUGUUUUGUUUUUCAGUCAUUAUUUUCAAGUUUCUUGUAAAAAUUAUAGAGGCUUAUAUCUUCUGUAUAUAUUUAUAUAUAUUGAAAGGCGGCCUGUAUUUUAAACAGCUUCUUUUAAAUUCUUGUAAAUCUUUAACCUGUUAAUACGCUACGCAUAUAUAUAUAUUUUCUAAAAUCAAUUUAUUUUCAGUUUAUCAUUGUUCAAAUUUUGAUUUUUUUGUUUUGUUUUGUUUGAUUGAAGCAUCAUUGUCCCAGUUUGUCGCGUUUCGUUAUAGGUGACGCAUUGUAAUUUAUUCGUAAUCACUGCAUGCACCUCAUAUUUUUGUUCAAAUCAUUCAUUUGUUGAGGCAGCGUCAUUGUGCUCGUAUUUUCUCUGAUGUGUUUGUGCAGAUAUAUAUAUAUAUAUAUAUAUAUAUAUGCAAAAAUUACUUGAUCUAAUAAAUUUUCCUGACUACAUAAAUAUUGUAAAGGACUUGGUCUUCUACACAAUUAAUCCAUGAAGUUUUGCUCAUGCGUUGCGCGCGCAUUAUACUGUUCCUAUUUUGAAAGCCUAGUAAUCUCUCGGUUUUUGUCUACUGUACUCUGAUGUUGAUGCUGGUCAAGUUGAAACCCUUAGAGUAUCAGUAAGAAGAACGUCAUUGGGACAGAAAUGUCAAAAAUCUUUGUUAUAACACGAAAUAUUAUAAUUGAAGGAUUUCAGCGAUUCAGAAAACAGUUGACUAACUAUUAUCUUGAGUGAUUGCUUCAAGGAUAUGAACGUGAAAACAACCUCAUGUUUCUCUCCACCAUUAUUAAUCGUAUAGCUAUAUCGAGCUAUUGAAACAGCUGGAUGUCAAAUAAAUCAAAUUCACAAUCAGCAAAUUACUUUGAGAUGAUUAUUUCAUUACAGUUUCAUUUGGAAACCAAGUUUGUUCAAACUACAAUAUGUGUUGUCUGCUUGAUAUCAUUAAUGGCAAUCAAGGAACUAAGCGUAAAUGCUGUAAACCACACAUGUUACUGAUUGGUUGAGAUGAUUAGUUGUAUACUGCCUACAUCAAGCAGUAAUGCUUGCUAGCCAGCUUAUUGAAGUGAUCGAAACACCGAACGGCAGUUUAUCUCGUUUAGGACCGGGCUCAUCAGCAUAAGUAUUCAUGUGGCGUGUACUACUGAUAAGAUUUGUCCGUAGUAUAUGAAGAGACGUCAAUCGGCAUAAAAAUAUGAAAUAAUGGAGGUACAUUUGAUGUCAGAGAAGAAAAUGAUUUGGCGUUGCGGAGAAACGUGAGAGGAGCACAAUAUGAAGGCCAGAAUUAGCACGAUACGAAAGAUCUGUGCGAAUGGUGCGUUGAAGAUGUGGUGUACGUAAUUCUGCUAUAUAACGAUACCAAGUAAACAUUCCUUUACCAAGUUUUUUGUCUUCUACCGUUAUAUAUGUAUUAACCGUUAGGUGGUCGGGGGCCGCCUGUGGAAAGCUCUGCACUUUGACUUCGUGACUGUUAGAAUCUGUCAAUCAGUCAUAUUUUCAACGUCGAAGCUGAAAUCCACAUUUCCCCACAAGCGUCUGUGAUUCCGAAACCAAAAGACGAAAUACCUUGGUUAGCCACCUCUAACUGCACUGAUCAAUUCAACUGUUCUUGUGGAGCCAGUUAUAUCGGUCAUUGCUCUAGGAACUUCGUUUUUCCAUAUUAGUUCGUUUCUUAGAUGUAUCACACAGUGAAACAGUAUUAUUUACUGGAUGACGUUUCGAACAAAAUUUAUUAUUCAUAAUCAUAUAAGUUAUAAUUAUCUUCGUUUUUCGUGCUCGGCAACACCAACCAGUGUAGCUAAGUAAAGGCUUUAUUUAAACAAUGAACAUUUCUAUACUAGUUUAUCUUGUUCAAACAUGCCACAAAGCAUUGAAGAGUCUUUCUCCAUCAUCUAUCGGAUAUUGAAUUCUGUAUUGCUUCCCUUAAUUUAUUUGAUAUCCAGUUUAGCGUUAUAAUAAUACAUAAUAUGUCUCUUAAUGAUGCUUUUGAAAUGUAAUCUGUAAACACUUAGUUUAAUGUAAUUUAAAACAUUAAUGCUGUUAAUAACUUUGUCUAAUUACUAUGGUCAUGUAAAUGUAGAACCUGAUGAUGAAUUUAUCGGAAAGAAUAUUCUUUGUUCAUUAAUGAGUUUUAAAUUUCUACUUUACUCUCAUU